AUGUGGUUGGAGAAAAUGAAAGACUGUGUUCUCCUCUAUAAGAAAGAAGGCGAGGCCAGGGAAGAUUUUGAUAGGACUGACUCGGUGAUAGUGUUAAUGACUGACUACCAGAAGCAGUUAUUACAGAGAUUUGGACAAAAUAUUGUAUGUGUAGACUCAACACAUUGUACAAAUGUUUACAAACUGUUGGUGACCACAUUGUUAGUGGUAGACGAUUUUGGUUCAGGUAUGCCUGUAGCAUUCUGUGUUUCAAAUCGGGAGACUACUUCCAUAAUGACUCAUUUCUUUAGUGCUGUGAAAGAGAGAGCUGGCAUCAUAAAAACGUCUGUAUUCAUGUCCGACGACACUGAUACUUUCCGUAGUGCAUGGUCACGAGUCAUGGGACCUGCAGAAAAUAAUCUACUGUGUGCUUGGCACAUAGACCGCAGCUGGCGGAAUAAUUUGAAGAAAGUACAUGGCAAUGAAGAAAAGAAAGCACUUGUGUACAAAGCUCUUCGUACAUUGCUUGAAGAAGCGGACAUAGACAAUUUUAAUGAGCUGCUGGAAUCGUUCGUCGGGCAGCUUCAAGCAGAUGAAGGUACAAGAGACUUUGGUGUAUAUUUCUCGUCAAAUUACUUAUUCCGGCCUCAGCAGUGGGCAUACUGUCACCGUCGCAAUCUGGGUAUAAAUGCAAAUAUGUACCUUGAAGCAAUGCAUAGAGUUUUAAAAUAUUGUUAUUUAGAGGGAAAAACAAACAAUAGACUUGACAGACUACUUGUUGUGUUGAUGAAAUUGGUGCGUGACAAACUGUGUGCUCGAAUGGUUAAAUUGUAUAAGGGUGGCCAUUCAUAUAGAAUAAAUCUUAUUGAGGCUCGUCAUAAAGCUUCAUGUAGUAUUAAGGAGAAUGACAUUACAGUCAAUACUGAUGGUACAAAGUUUCAUGUGAAAUCCCAAACACAUUGUGACAUUGUGGUGUAA